AUGAGUUCAUCAGAUAUGUUUGGUGUCAAAGCAUCAUUGAAUGAAGACGUUGAGCUCGUUCCUCAACCAAUGGAUGCCAAUGCACAACAGCCCGAGGAUUCAUCUGCAUCGCACCACUCAAAACAAUACCAACAAUUAGACGAUGCUUCAUCACAACAACGUCAAGUAAUUUUACAACAACAACAGCAACAACAGAAACAACAAAAACAACAACAACAACAACAUGAUCUAGAACAAGAAUUCGAGAAUCGUGAUCUGAUAGAUAAGCUUGAAAAAGAAGAGAAGCAAAAACAACAACAACAACAACAACAACAACAACAACAACAACAUAAUCAAAUUGAUAUAAAACCAUUUGAAAUUACCUUAAAAAAUGAAACAGAACAAGAGUGUAUUGUUUUGGUAUCAUCAGAUAUAAAGGCCAAGAUUAUAAAUCAUGAAGAAGAUGGUGCAGGUGUUCAGACAUUUUACAUGUCCAAAGGAAAACAGGCACUGAAAGAAAAAGUCAAGUUUGAUCCAACCACCGUCGUCACUUAUCAAGAACACCUAAACAGGAAAUCACAUGUUGUCAUUGGUGUCUCAGCCAUUCCAGUAUAUGUUACAUUUCUGGUUAAAGCAAAAGAUGGAUGGUACUAUGUUCACAAGCUCAACAAAAAGGUUGACAAGAAAACUCUAAAAAAGACUCUCGAGUCUGUCCUCAAACCAAAGCAUCUCAACCACUACUUUGGAAGAGUUACAUCAGUCGAUUUACUCAACAUUCAACAAGUAUUGGGACAAACAACUCAACUACCAAGCAACAACUUGGAUCUACUGGUCAACACAAUUCAAAUCAAUAGACACUUUGGUACUAAAGGCCCUCAAAGAUGUUUGAUUGACUUUGUCAAUAGAGUAUUGGAGUGGUACACAGAAGGAAAGAGAAUCGUCGUUCAAUUCUCUCAAAUCUCUCAAAUCUUUAUCCAAGAGAGUGACAAGAGAAUGACAUUCCAAGUGAAUGAUCAACCCAUGUUUUUCGAUUUACAGAGUGGAAAGAGUAUGAAAGAUUUUACCGACUCUAAGCAAAUAGAAAACCAUUAUGCUCAAUUCAAGGAUAUCAGCAAGAGAGACAUCGAUAUAUUAAAAAAGUCGGAAUUGGGAGCAAAGAUUUCAAAUAACCUCCAAUAUGUCCCAAUCGGACCAACACCCGAUAAACUAGCUGCACCACAAGGAUUAUUCCCUUUUAGAAAAGAUGUAGAGAGCAAACCAUUUUCAGAGUUGGUCAUGUCAUUGACUGACCUAAAGAGGAAUCCUCAUCUAACAGUUGAUCAUUAUUUUCUCUACCUCAAAAGGUCAUUUAUUGACAAUUUGGUGCAAGAGGUAAACAAGCCACACAUUAUAGCAAAAAUAUUUGAGCUUGAAGAACGUAUGCUUUCCUUUUUUGUACUUAUCCACCUUGACAAUCAUUGUGAUAGUGGAAUUCACAACAGAGAAUCAAUAUUUAGCAAAUUCCAUGAUCAGAUGAUGCAAAUUAAAGAUUUUAAACCAUGGUUGUAUGACAAGAGUUUUCUUCAUAUCCUGCAGGAUUUCAUUGAAAAGUCAAUCAGAUUUAAAGAGUGGAAUCAAUGGCAAGACCCUCAUAUCAUUCUCUAUUUGGGUAUUCCAUUUUUAAAGAUUGACCAAAAAGUUUUUAGUUUCACUUUGCAUUUUGCUGAAGUCAAAAACAUUCUUUUUAACAACCAAAAUGUUAUUUCUUAUAUCAAGAAUCAAAUCCAAUCUGGGAAAGCAACAAUACUCAAAGAUCUCUUACAACCUUUCAUCGAACUAUUCCAAAUUUUUGAAGAUGAUAUCCUAGAUGAUCGUCAACAACAUGUCAAUUUGUUCAUUGAAAUCAUUAAAGUGAUACCACAAUACAAAGUGUUGGUAGAGCAACUACAUGAUCAAAUUGCCAUCGUUCCAAAACAAGUCAAAUCACUUGUUUACAGAUUCCAUAUUUAUUGCCAACUUCUCAACAAUGAAAACGAUUUCAACUCUAAAGCAAUUGAAGGAAUUCAAAACUGCUUUUUCCAACUGUUCCGUCUCGACCCAGAACGUUUCAUCGAAGAGAGUACAAACAAAAGCGAUGAAAUCAAACAAAGAUUAUUAGAGUUGGUUUCGAGUAAAGUUUUAUCAGUGGCAACAAGCAAAGAUGGUUUGAGACAACUUACCGAUCUCAUAUCAAAACCCAACUGUUCAAAAUACCUAGGGUGUCUGGUCGAUGGAAAAAAUGCCAAAUCGAUUUACACUCAAUCAUCGUCACAAGAUCGAGAAAAGUUAUUCACGUUUCCUCAUGAAAACAAUUCAAUUGUCUCCACACUCCAAAACAAUAUUGUGAACCAUCUAAAGAUCGAGGAAAUGGCAGAUUUAUCUUUGAGAUGCUCUCAUCAUUCCUUCCUCUAUAGUCCAAAGACAAUCCCUACAACAUCGGAUCUAAUCAAAAAGAUUUCAAUGAUUGAAGAGGAUUUCCGUCAAUACUCUCCUAAAACCAAACUAUCGUCCUCUCGGUUUACAGUUUUCAAAACUAUAUGUGAUACGAUCAGCGAGAAAAGUUUGGAGAAGGUUUAUCUUUCAAAGAUAUUCUCAGAUCUACAAACAGUACCUCCAACACUCAUUUAUAUUCUAUUGGCAACUCACCAACUCGAAAAACUAAAUUCACAAUAUUGUGGUGAUCGAUCGACGCAGCAUCAAGAUAUAACAGUUGCCCAAUGGCACUUGAAAUUAAUGUUGAUUAAUACUGACCAAGGUUGGAAUGAAGAGAUCGAGAGUUAUAAUGCCCAAAAAACAAAGUUUAUACAAAAAAUAGAAGCUAUUUCAAACAAGAUGAUAUUAAGAUGGAAAAAGUCUUAUCAUCAAGAACAAUAUACCAUCAUUAAAACUAUUUUGGAGGCUGUCAACAAAAAGAUUGAACCAUCAGAGGUCAUAAGUGAACGAUAUUACAAACAGGUCAACGAGUUACAUGGUCAUUUCAGAGUGGUUGAUUAUCUCGAUCAACUUCAUAUUCCUAUUCAAGUUAAAAGAGACUAUGAAUCAAACCAUGAACCACUCGACCAAAUCAUCGCAACAACAAAGGAAUUAAUUACAACUAAAACCAAAGGCACAAAAUACACAAUCACGAAUGAUGAUACGAUAAGAUUCCUUUGUCACUUUGCCAGCAGCAGCAAUAAUAGUAAUAACAAUACUACUGAUCAACAACAUCGUAUGUUUGACAUUAUCUUUAAAUAUUAUGAUAAUGCAAUGUCGCAAGAUGGAAGAUCAAUGGAUGGCAUUGUAAAGCAAGUUUCGACAUUUAUGAAACAAUUGUUGGACACCAAUAGUGAAAUUCCUUUGAAUAAAAUAUUCCAAUCGUUGGUCGUGGAAGAAAGUACUAUCAAUUUACAAAAAGAAUUAAAAUCAAUGUAUUCAUUCUUUGAACCUCAAAAACCAUUCAAUUUAGAAUUAGAGGUUCAAGUCAAAGAUUUUAUUCAACGUGCCAAGUCAUUGUUUGGUUAUCGAGAUAAUAUUAAAUAUUUAAAUAAUUUUUUCGAAACAAACAAUUAUCUGGUUAUCACCAACAAGGAUAAAGACUUUGCCAAAAUUAACGAAUUUUUGUAUGACAUUGAUCAAGAAAAGAUGACAUUGGGUCAAAGCAAGAGUAAUUUGGAAUCUUUGAAGCCAUUAUUAGCAGGAUUGGAAUACAACGAAUUGGUAAUCUUUGAAUACAUCAAUCCAUCGAUUUUACAGUUCUUUUCACAAUUUGGAAAAGAUAUCAAAGAGGUUCAGAACAACUUUUCAACAAAGAAUCAGAUUCUCACAACCAAUAACCUUUCAGACACUUAUAACUCUGCAUUGAUGAAUACAUCGGUCCACACACUUCAGAUGAUCGAGAGUUUUGUAGAAUUGUAUCUCUCCAAACCAGUGACGCUUGAAAGUAUCACUGAUAUUUGUUCAAAGAUCAAACCAUUGACAGCAACCAACUUUGCCAAAUCACUAUUCUGCUUACAAUCAUUUGGAACCAAUUUACCACAAAUCAUUGGAUUGUAUGCAUCAGCUGGUGGAUAUGAUUCUGGAUCAAUCAAAGCAUCGGUCAAUCUUAUUCUUGAAGGUUCAGAAUUUAGAUCAACCACCUCCAAAUCUGUCAGUGGUUCUUCUGGAUGGUUGAUUGCCACUGGUAUCGACAAUGCAGCAAUGAAAAAGGAACACACUCAAGAGGCAGUCAAUGAUUUUGUUCAAGGUCUCAAGUUUUUCUCAAAAGGAGAACAAAUGCAACAUGCAGAUCACUUUGAAAAUAUUGUCAUCCAACUCCGUUCCAUUCACGAGUUGCACACCAACCUCGAUCGUUUAUAUCAUCAAAAAUAUCUUGAUGGGAUGGUUAGCAUCAAAGUCGAUUCAAAUUGCUUGGCUAGCCUUCAAGCAAAGGCAUCAGAUUUGCAGAAGGACCUUGAUGAUUGGUUGGAUGAAAUCAAUACUCUUCCCAGUCGAUUGUGGUUACUCAAGAUACAAGGAAUAUCAUCGUUGAUAUUCAACUAUAACUACUUCUUGAAGGGAUUCAAGAUUGUAGACAAUGCAAGUGAAACUGUCAAACAAGAGUUUUUCACUGCACUAGUAAACCAACUUGCAUACGCUCUCUUGCCAUUUAUCAAAUACUGUUAUCCUUGUUCAUUCAUCAUACAGGAAGACAUUCAUGAUGCAUUAAUCGAAUUGAAUCUAUUUGAAGAUAUCAACAAACUUCCACUUGCAAACGAAUUCUUUACAAAGUUGAUCGGUUAUUUGGAUAAAAAGUCUCAGGAGGAAGAUAUUUCAGAGAGAGGACCAAUUCUGGUUCCAUUACAAGACAAAAACAACUUGUACAACUGUCUCAUGCAAUUGAACGACUGUAUUCUACCACAUCCAUCACAAUUGUUCUAUGGAUCAUCUCUCUCAAAAGACUUUGAAAUCUUUAAAAAGAUUGUUGAACAAUACAGAGGUUCAUGUAUAUUCCUCGUUGGCAUCCCAUCAGACAAGAUAUCAUUGCUCAACUGGCUCUCUGACAAGUAUAGUAGUGGUGACUUCAAUAAUUUGACUCGAAUUUAUAUCAUCACUGCCACCAAAGAUGCCUCUUUGCUCGACCUAUUCUCGUUUAUUGAACUGAAUUCAACAUCAUUUGAAAAGAAUUGGCAACCAUUCAAAGAUGCAUGGGUUGAUAAUCGAAGAGGAGUACACAGCCUUCAGCUUGUAUCUGGACCGAGUGGCACUGGAAAGAGUUUCUUUAUUCGUUCAAAACGACAAGAGAUUGCAUCACAGUUCAUCACAGUUCAUGUUCGUCCAAACUAUCAAAUCGGAGGGUUUAUCACAAAGCUCAAGAGUUUGGUCAAUGAAUCAAGUCAUUCAAACAAAGGCCAUGAAACGGUCACAGUACACUUUAAACUAUCACCUUAUUGUGACUUUGAAGCAUUCAGCACAACGAUCUAUCCAUUGAUCACACAAGGAUACAUAUUUGGUGAUGGUAUCAACGAUUUUGUAAGUGUAUCUGAUCACUUGAAAUUGGCUAUCUUUGUCGAGAUUGGUGACCCUUUGUUAGAUGCUCACUACCAACCACACGAACAAUACCUCCUCGAUACUGUAUCUCUCAUCUUCCACUUGUCAAUGCAUUACUUCCACCCCAUGACAGAGUGGCAGAUUGGUGAUGCCGAACUCAUAUGUCUUGCCUACCACGAACAACCACUCGGUUAUUACCAGUUACCAGAUCAAAGAAAGGCACUGUCAGUCAAAGAACCAGACUUUAUCAACUUUGUGAUGCGUGUAUUGAAUACUUUUGACUACAAACCAAAGUAUUUGAAGGAUACUUUAUAUUUGACACAGAAAAAGACAUUCUUUAAAUUGCUCAGCGAGAGAUUAGAGUUCCUUAACAAACUCUAUUACCCCUUUUACAUCAAUGUUGCCGCAGUGGAUGAAGACAGAAAAGCAUCGUAUCAAUCCUCAUUAUUACCUCCCCAUGAACUCUUCCAGUUCUUUAUUUACGAGUCUGCAAAAUUAGCAGAUCCAAUUUACUCUUCAACUUCGAGUAUUUGGGCCAAUCCUCCUCUCAUCACUGCAAGAUCAAAACAAGAAAUGCAUGCGUACAAUGAAGAACUUGGUAUUUUCAUGGAUGGAUGUACUGUCAACUACAUUGCACUUGGACCAUCAGACUAUGGUUUGGAAAAGCGUGUUGAAACUUUGAUCACAUACGACAUGGUCAACAACGAUACAACAUCCCUUAGAUUGGUGAUUGCAACAGCAUUUGGGGUUGACAAGACCAAUCUGAUUUAUUCACUUUGUUCCCAAUUUAAAUAUGUCAUCACAGCAGACUUUGCAGUUCGUCUGAUCAUCCUCCAUUACAAGGCAAAGAAUACCAAAUCAUUGGUGUUGACUGGUGACACUGGUGUUGGAAAGACUCACAAUCUUCUCUUCUACUCUCUUCUCAUCAAUGCGAUGAUUCUUCCAGAUAUCGCAUAUGAUAUCAAAGAAUAUAUCAACGGAUAUAUUGAACAGUUCCCUUACUUGCUCAAUAAGUAUACAGUUGUUGAAAAGGUAGAUGAUGAGGUUCAAUUGACAGACGAGCAAAAGAAAAAUGAUAAAAUCGAAAUGUCUGACAAGCGAAAGGAAAGAAUACAAUUAAAGCUUCUACCAGGUAGUCCUCCACUCGAGAUGAUACUGGAAUUCCUUACUCAUAUUGCAGACUAUGACCCAGAGGCCGAACUACAACAAAUGGUUGUCUAUCAACCACCACCACCUCAAGUUGAAGAGAAACCAGAGGAAAUCAACUCACCAAGAAAAGUCGAACCACCUGCAAUUCCAGAAGUCGUUGUUCCAAAGAAACAAUUUUCAUUUUUAGAAUUUUGUCAAGGAAUGGAAAAGUUGGUUAUUGGUAUACUUGAAAAGAAUCAGCUCAUCGAUAUCAAUUCCUCUCAAAAGGCACUCCUCGCCGAAUUAAAGUCCAAGCCAUCUGGAGGUAUCAUCACCAAAAAGGAUCAGUUGUUCCAAUGUGUCAAAGAGAUCAUGACCGUUAACUUUAAGGAUCUGUUUGAAAGAAUUAUUAUGCAUCAAAAGUAUAGUUCUGAUCAAUUCAUUGACAAGGUUAAGUCAAUCAUCGAGCAGGCAAACAUUCUCAAAUCGAUUGGAGUGGAUCUCAAGUUGGUUGUAUUUAUCGAUGAAUUCAACACAGCACCAGAUGAUACAUUGGCAUUGAUCAAUGAAGUAUUUACUGAUGGUGUAUUGGAUGGUUGUACAACUAUUCCAGACAACAUAUUCUGGGUUGGUGCAAUGAAUGAACCAAAAAAGGUCCAAGGUUCUAUUGACCACACCGGCGUCGAUACCAAAUCAACAACCCAAUCAUUUGUUGUCAAACCCAUACCACCAUCGAUGCGUAACCUCACACUCAGUUAUGGAGAGUUUUCAACAGACAAUGAAACACCAUUCCUCGAAUCAUUGUUCACUCUCCGUCCUAACAUUUGUCCAGAGAUCAAGGAUGUGUACAGCCCCAUGGAUCAAUUUAAACGAUUUAUUCUUGUUGGACAAGAUGCACUUCGACAGGUCAAACAAGCACGUACACAUGUAUCGAUCCGUGAUAUCUAUCGUGUCAUUGAUCUUUACAAUUUCUUUAGAACUCAUCAAGUUGGUAUAUCCAUUCUCAAUGUUGCUAUUGGAGACACAAACAAUUCAGAAGAAAUCAUUCAUUGGUGGUCAAUGAUCGUCAGUAUGGCACUAUCUUAUUAUAUUCGUGUCGAUCCAGCAACUCAAAAACGAUCUUUUGUCUUGAAUCAAUUCAACAAAUUUUUAAUGGAAGAAUCACCGGCUGAAAUCGGUCUCAAGAAAAUUGGGUUUUUGGGAGCGUUUAACAAGGUCAUCAACUCAUUCUGCAGUUCAGAAUACACUACUCUACCAGCUGGUAUUGCAUUGACAGAUACACUCAAACUCAAUAUAUUUACUAUUGUUGUAUCAAUCAACACUUGUAUUCCGAUUUGUAUCGUUGGACCACCAGGUUCUUCAAAGACACUGUCAUUCACUAUUGUACUCAACAAUAUCAAUGCCAACAAGAAUGACAACACAACCACCACCAUCAAAGGAAACGAAUCACCUUGGAGAUUGAUGGUUGGUGCAGAUCCAUUCCGUUACCAAUGCACACCGCACACCACCGAUAUAGAGAUCAAGAACAACUUUGAAAAUGCUAUCAACCGUCAAAAGGUGUACAACAUAUCUGGUGGUAAACGAGCAACAGCAUUCUUUGAUGAAGCAGGUCUUGUCAAUGAAUUUGACUCACCCAUGAAGAUUAUGCACGACUAUCUCGAUAAUUUGGCAAAAAAGAUUACAGAAUCAGAAGCAGAGAUAUCAAUCAUCAUUCUUUCAAAUCGUAUUCUUGAUGCUGCUAAAACAAGUCGUAUGAUGAUGCUCAUGCAUCCGCAAACCACUUCCAAUGAUGACAAGAUGAUGUUGGUCAAAGGAUGUCUGUUCAAGGAUAAAAAUACCAUCAAUCAAAUCGAUAUCUCCCAAGCUCUCUGCUCAGCCUACAGCAAGGUCAACACAUUUGCCAAAUCAACCAAACCAGAUAUGUUCCAUCAACGAGAUUUUGUUUACUUUUUACAUCACUUGGCAAGAGGAAUGCAUCAAAACAAUAACUAUCUCAGUCCACAAGUAUUGGCAACAAGUAUCGAACGUAACUUUGGUGGUGUUCCACCCGAUCAGAUGAAGAAAAUCAUUUCUAUGUUUAUGGAUGAAAUGGCUUUCCACAAUCAAACACACUUUGCCAAAACUGUCAAUGCAGUCUAUGAAAGAAAUGACAACACGAUCACCAGAAUACAAGAAUCAUUACAAGAGAAGUUACAACCAACAGAAGAUCCAGGAACAUGUCCAUUCAGAUACAUCAUGUUAAUCGAUCCAACCGAGAAUGAAUCAUCACUCAUGGUACUCAAGGAAUUAGGUAUCAAACACAAGGUCAUCAGAGUUGGUGGAUUUGAAAACGACACACAAACCAGCAGUUUGAUCGAUGUUGUCUCUCAAAUCAAGAAUGAAAUGUCAGAAGGUGGAACUGUUGUGUUGGUCAAUACUCAAUCGAUUGAUGCAUGUUUCUAUGAUGUAUUCAAUCGUUACUUUACCAAAAUGCCACAUGACGAUAAGAUCUUGACAAUGGCCAAUGUAUCAUUUGCCAACCAUACAGUAUUCUGCCAAGUACAUCCAGACUUUAAGAUUAUUGUCCACUUGCCACAAUCUCGACUUCCCCAAACACCAUUACCAUGGUUAAACAGAUUUGAAAAGUAUCAUCUUUCAAUCAACACAAUGGUUGACCACUAUAUCUCUCAAAACCUUCCACAACAUAUUGAAUACUUUGAAAAGAUGAAGACAUCAGCCUCUCACUUUGUCAAAGAAUUCCAUACUGGAUCAUCAGAGUCACUUCUUUGUGGAUUCUCAGAGACUGGAACCAUCCCAUCAUUGAUCUACACCACUGCCAAGAAACUCUAUGAAUCUGGAUCCAUCAACAUCCAACCACAACGAGUUGAUACAUUGGUUGGUGUUGCUCAACUACCCAACACAUUCAACUCUGUUGAUCAUUUUGAAUUCCGACUUCUCAACUGGAAAUUAUUACAAAUUGCACGACCUGAAAGUGUAUUUAGAUGUCUAUCGAUGCCCAAAUCAUAUGUGGAAGAGUUCCUUCUUCGUCAAGAACACUUUAACCUUUUCCAUUUCAUCACCGAUCUCUUUUCCAAAAAGUUUGUCAAAAACGAGAAUGUUUCCAAUCGAUGGAUCUUGUACACUCGAUCUUCAUUGACAUUACAUCAUCUCAAAGAUAUCACAUCUGACAAAACAAUGAAAUCAUUCUAUGAUAUCUUGUUACAGUCCAUCUCUGAGAAAGACAAAAAAGUGCUCGAGAUUGACACGUUGGCGACACUCAAGAUUAUUCAACUGACAUCAAUCAAGACAAGUCAACAAUGUCAAGAUAUGAUCAACGAGUUUAUCAAAGAUGACCGACAAAAGAUAUGUUUGGUCAUUGCAGACAUGGAAUCAAUCAACCAACACCAAGUCAACUUUAUCAACGAACAAUUUGAUACCUCUCAAUCCUCCAAGAUUAUGGUGACUAUUUGUCAUUAUCCAGUUGAAUUCUCAUUAUCAAAUCAAGCCAAAUUGAAUAGUAUCUUCCUCAAUGAUACAGAAUACAUGUAUAUCGAUUCAUUUGGAGUCAAGAUUGAUUCAGAUUUAAUGGAAUGGGAUCCAAACAUCAGAUCAUGGUUGUCAUCUGCUUAUCGAUUGGAUUAUCCAAUUGAUCCCACUUCAUUACAUGACACAUUCGAAUCAAUGUUCUUUACUCAAUUGCGUCUUGUCUCAAACUUGGCAAGCAAUAACAACUACCUUGGUAUGGAGGAUGACCAUAGACUAUUCUACCUUGAAUCUGAAUGUCGUGGUGAAAUGAUCGAGAACCUAUUCAGAGCAAACUCAUCUUGGUACAAAGCAGUUGUCACAUCAUUCACCAACAAAUGGUCAGAAGACGAUCUUUUAAUGACGAUUAUCUCCAACAUUUCCGACUUGAUUCUCACUGGCAAGUUGACACAUUCAUUUAUUGAUUCAAUCAAAAGUUCAUUGGAAUCAUACUUCUAUCCAGUCAUCUCACAAGUAUUCAAAUUGGUGACCAAUUAUCAAUCAUAUCCAUCAAUCCAAUCACUUGAUGAACCAAGCAGCCAAUUGGUGUGUGAAAUCAUCAAAUGUAUCAAACUACCAAAGAUAUCAUCCAAUAUCGCACAAAGAUACGAACCAAUCCUUCUUUCUCGUUCACCAUCCAAAGAUCUCAACACAUCUAUUCCGUUAUACCAUUCGAUUGCACAAAUCCUUUCAUCACUAUUCGAAAAGGUACUCCACCGAUCAACCAAUCGCGAUAUCAAUUAUACCUAUGAUCGAUUUGUCAAGUGUGUCAAGAAAGAUCCAUUUGGAAGGGUUGUCGAAUACAUUGAUAACAAUCUUUUGAUGGCUUAUCAAUCAGACUUUAUAAAGUACACACUCAAUAUUGACAGAAAUGAUUCAUCACUCAUUGCGGUAAUGGAGAGUUUAUUCUCAGUCAAGCACUCUGGUAUCUUGCAAUACACAGUUGCACAUCACUUUGGAUCAUCAACCAUCAACUUUGUCAACAAUAUGACCACUCCACUCUUACAACUAUCACCAGGCAACAAGAUCACCAACCAACUGACUGCUGAAAACCUAGAGAGUACACAGACCAUCAAAUCUGUAUUCUCUCAAAUAACAAUAGAUAUCAUCUACGAUCAUGUUGUUAAAGGUAAAACAAUUGAUCCAAAUAAUAUUGUGGAAUGGACAUCGAAUUGGGCGUCAUCAAUGACAGAUCUCUUUAAUCGAGUUUCAUUGGAAUCAUUAAUCAAGACAAUGGACAAACCAGACAAACUCAAAGCCAUAUACUUGUCGAUGGUAUAUCAAUUGGUAAUGAACAUCGCAAUGACUGCUGAUGAUAUCGAUAUUCCAGAUAGAUUGAAACAUGUCUAUAACUCAGUCAGACCAAUUACAUUGUUGGACAAGUGUCUCCUCGAAAUCACAACCCAAUUCUCAAACAACUUUAAUACAUUUGAUAUUGGUUGUUAUUUGGAUGUUAUCGGACCUUUAUCUCACUUGUCAGAGCCAAUCCUCGCUGAUUUCCUCAGCAUUAUCAAUAUCGAUGGUUCAUUUGAACAACACAGAGAUUAUCUCAAAAAGAUACCAUUUGGUUGGUUAUGUAAUAUCAUUGCAUUCCAACGACCAAUUCCAACUCACAAAGCACGUUACCAAAAGUUAAUCAACACCAAGUUUGUCAAUCUAGAGAUCCAAGCCAAUCCAGUGAUGCUUUCUUUAUGUUCAUCACAGACAACAGAAUUCACAACAUCAACAGACAUGCUCAUUCCUUCAGAUCAAGUUCUUGCAUUCUUCAAGAUGAACAUUGAAAAGUUUAGUCAAUAUCCAAGAAAUCCACCAUUGAUCGAUGCAAUCUAUUACAACUUUGUUCAAGAACACAAAGUAACAUUCGAUGACACCAAACAAUCAGAACUGUGUAAUCAUUGGCUCAAUCUCUGUAAAAAGACAGAUGCAAUGUCAAAGAUUGAACUUCUUGCACUCAAUACCACUAUUUUAGAAGUAUUCACAAGCAUGUUGGCCAAAGAAUCAUCAUUGGAUACAUUUGUCGAAGGUCUCAAUCUAACAGAGAACAAAGCAUUUGGUCAAAUUCUCAAAACCCUACUUUCUACAGACAAGACCGAAGAAAAGACAGCACAAAUCAGUUGCAUUUGGAAUAGAAUAUUCUUUUUCAACAAGAUCCAAAGUGAAUCGACAUUGAUUCAGCUUGUCAGCAACGAGGAACUCCUUAAACUACUUGGAUUGGCUGAAUUCCAUAUCAAGGCUGACAACAUUCCAAGUCUAGGUGUCUUACCAUUUGUAUAUUACCCAGACUCACCAGAUGGUAUUGUUUACAACAAGAUAUUGAAAUCAGUUUGUGAUUGUUCAUUGGAUGCAUUCAAUGAAGUAUUGGCACACAACAGUGGAACAACUAAACAACAAGGAUUCUUUAGAAUGUCUCUCUUUUUGAUAUCAUAUCAAAUGUAUCAAGAAAACAAAGCUCCUCAAAUCGAAUUCAUCAAACGACAACUCAAACAAUCAGUCAUCGAUAUCCUCUCACUUACCAACUAUCUCCCACUGUUUUUCAAGAUUCUUCUCGCACAAUUUGAUCCAACGGUCAUGUUUGAUGAACUUCUCAAGAGAAACAAUGAUUUAACACCUCGAGAGACAUCAGCCAGACACAUAUGGGUCAAUAGUGUUGCCAUUGCCAUUGGUUCAAACAACAAUUCAUAUCUCUACCACAUGGUUGACAAUAACCCAUUCUUGGUCGCUGGACAAUGGUAUCCUGCAUGUGAAGGUCUAUUCAGAGACUGUGGUAUGCAGUACGAUAUGGGUACCACCAUGAAAAUAGAGUGUAUGAGUGAGAGCUACCUCAACAAAUACUUGAUUGCCGUCACUUUUUGGAGUUCUUUUGCAUGGUACGGUUCAAUUUGCGACCAAGGAGUUUACGAAAAGUUGAUGUCCUCAAAACUUCAUUUUGUCAACGAUGAAGACUUUUUGGACCCCAAACGCAAAAACGGCGGCCCUACCCACAAAAAAUUUAUCGACUUUAUCAACCAUCGUGCAACCACAUCGUUUAACGAAAUCAUUGGCACCAAAGAAAUCAUCGACGACAAGAUCGAGACUGACCAUUUCGUGUCUGAAUUGCUCUACAGCAUUUGGAACGAUUGUUACGACUCACCUGCUCCUCAUAAAAAGUCAACCUUUGCAAAUCGAGCUGAAGUGGUCGUCUAUGAAAACUAUCUCACUGAAAUGAUCAAGAAUGUCAAAUCACAAUACACACAACUCAAAGCAGAUCGUCUACAAGUUUAUUUUGCCAACAGCCUCAUCACAUCAGUUCGUCAAAACCUCACCAACGUAUUUUCAUCACCACUCUAUGAAUACCAAUCAAUCUUUAACAACUUGUUCGAACAGUUUGUUAUUGAAGAAAGUCAACCAGACGGGUCACCCAAGGAUAUGGACCUGUUAAUGUAUUUCACAAAGAAUGUAUCAGCUAUUUGCAUCAGCAAAUAUUUCAAGAAUCUGAUUCGUUUCCUCAAGUUGUUCUAUCAAAUGUUUGCAAGAAGAUUACCAGAGAAUUAUACAAACAAUACAAUCUCGGAAUGUAUGGAAUAUCUCACGAAUCAAAAAAUUGAAGAUGAAUCCAACAUUGAAGAAAUGACCAAAUCAUGGGAAGAAUUGAAAUCAAGUUGGAUUGAAAUCACCAAACAUCUCAAUGUUCUAGAAGGUGGUUGUCGUGCUCGUCCAGAAUACGAAAAGAUCAUUCCACCAAUCGAUGAUACCACACUAGUCAGUCAACUAAUCAACAUGCCAGAGCUUAAAAAUGGAGGUGGUGAAAUUAUUAGACUGAUUAACAAUUGGAUGACCGAUACCCAAGGAAAAGUUGUCUCAAAGAUAACUAUUGCUCCAAAGUCAGCCCUAUUUGAAUCUAUUCUCGAAAAAAUGAUGGAUAGAUUGGAAACAAUGGAUAUUGGUGAAAUUCCAUUCGACUAUGGAGACAACUAUCUCUUGUUGGGAUCCAACUUUGAAGUUGCAGACUAUCAAAAGUUCCUCAUCGAAUCAGUCUCUCAUUACCACCAAUUCCAACGAACCAAUUUCCAUCCAAACUUGGCACUUAUUCAACAAAAGUUGAUCUACAAAUUUGCAUCUGGAAAGAGUACUGGUCGACAACUCAAGAACUUUACUGGUGAAUUCCCAUUCAAAAGAGUUACUGAAAACAAAGAUCAAACCAUUGAAAAGCUUCCACACUCUCGACUCGUUCCAGAACCAAUCAAAAACUUGAUAGAUAUGAAAGAUCAAUUGGAAUCAAAGCUCUAUGCUCAUGAAAUCGUCACAUCAACAUGUAUCCCAAUCACAGCUACAUGUCGAUCUAAAUUGAGUUCAGUCAAGUUGGAAUCAUUUGCCAGUAGUUUGGUAUCAACCAUUACUCGAUUGGUUCACAAAGAAAAGGAUGCUGAAGAUAUCGGUCUUCCAAUCAUGCAUUUCAACUCAAAGUUUGGAAUUGACAACACCAACAUCCCAUCUCAGGUCACUAAAUUGUUGGAGAGCAUUAAGAUCAACAACAUCAAGACAUUGGCAGACAUUGUAAUUCAAGGAUAUCUAUCUUAUGGUUAUUUGUACUCAAAUGUAACCAAAGAACCAACUGAUCCAAAUCCAGACUUCAUUGACCAGCUAAAUACCAUGAAGAGUUAUUAUAUUACAGCCAUCAGUGGUGGUGGAUUAGAGAUACACAAAGGUAUCCAAUAUCUCAAAGGUAUUGUUCAAGAUUUAUGUUCUCAAGACUGUAUCAAUGAUAUCAAAAAGUCACAACCAGACCAUCACCUCAAACUCUUAUUCUCACAUAUCAACAACUCAAGUAUGCCAUUGGAUAUCAUCAAAGUUGAAGAGAUGACAUCACCAACUCUUCCAAUGUCAUACUAUGCAUACUUUAUGAGAACAUUACAUGAAAUCCUUUCAAUUCUCUAUUUGGAUUCUCAAAACAGUCAAAACCAAAUCAAAGAAUACAACGAACCUUUUAUCACUCAAUUCAACGAUCACACAAAGAAACUAAAAGAAAAAGAAGAGGAAGAGAAAAACAAACAACAGCUCGAUAAAUCUGAUCAAGACGAAAAAGAAUUAACAAUCGAGGAAAAACAAGACCAAGAUCAAGAGGAAGAAGAAGAAGAGGAAGAGCUUAUAGAAGAUAAGAAAAAUCCGGGCAAAAUCAAUUUCAACUUUUAUGUCAACAACUAUUGUUUCUUGGAUGAUGAUGGUGAUGAUACCAAGGAAGAAGAGGAGGAGGAAGUUAUCGAAAAUGAAUUCAAUUUUAGUCUCAGACCAAUUCUUCCAAUCAAGAAUGUAGACAUUGUUCAUUGUCUAUUCAAUUGGAUCAGAUAUGCCAAUCACAACAUCCCAAUGAUGAUCUCCAAACAAAAAGACUUGGGACCACUCUCCUCACUCUUUCAAAGAUUCUGGUCAAGAUGUCAAAAGAACCAAACAUCUCCCAUCGAUAUCUCUAAACUCUAUCUCCAAUUCCCAACUGGAGCCUUCACGUUGUCAGGUGAUUUAUUGAUUCAACUAUUGGCAAUACUCGCUCAAAUGGAAAAUGAUAAUGGUAUCAAGAAACUUUACAGUGCAAAGAUUCAAUCGAUUUGUGGUAAAUGUAAAGCAACAGUUCCAGACAGUCAAAGAAAUGAAAGCAUGCUCUUUGAAAGAGUAUUACCAUUACGUCAAGAUACCAAUGUCCAAGAUCUAAUCAAAGACAUUGUCAAAGAUCAAAGUUCAAAUACAUUCUUCUGCAAAUACUGUGGAACAUAUAAAGCUCCAGCAGUCAAACAAUUAAUGGAAGCUCCACAAUAUUUGUUUGUCAGUUUCAAGAGAUAUAAUGAUGAAAAGGAAAAACAUCAUUUACAAUAUCAAGAAACUAUUAAAUUGAAUGAAUACUAUAAUUCCUCUGGAAUGAGAUACAUGUAUAAUAUUCAAUCAAUUCUCUGCCGUGAAAAGAACCUAAACAGAAAUGAAGAACCAGUAUUAUAUAUCAAACAUCGAGAACAAGAUAUUCAUCUUAGAUGUGCAACCACUAACAGUGUGAUUACGUCAAACAUUGAAGAGAGUCUAUCAAGAAAUUGUGUGUUGUUGAUUUAUGAAAAGGUACACGAGCACAAGAUAUCAACUCCAGAAGCCGCCACACCCAUUGUCGAUGAAGUACCAGAGAAAUUGAAAAGACCAACCUUCAAUCCUCCAAAGAAACAACAACCAAUUGUUGAUGCAAGCUUCCAACCUGGUUAUUUGGCCGUUUACGAUCCUCAUUCAACAGAACAACAGCAAAGAGGUGAUACACCUGCUGUACAGCAGUACCAGGAUAAUCCAAAUCGCACUGUCACUCCAAUCCCAGCUACCCUCCCAACAAACAGUACCCCCAACACUGUUAAUAUGACGUUGACCCAAACCAAACCAACCCCUCAAGUCGGACUGACGCAAUCAAUUGUUGAUGGUACCAAGGAUGCACAUUUCCAACCAGGCUAUCUUUCAGUAAACGACCAACUUUUCCCAGGAGGAGAUAAACCAAAAACCAACCCACAACAAGAUAUUUCUUCCUCUUCCAAACCAAGUCAUCUACGAUCCACUUCGACACUCCACUUAAUAUUUAAAAAUGAAGAGCUCUUUGAUUGGAUCAAAACUACCCUCAAAAAUGACGCCUGUGUGAAUGAUUUCAUUUCAGAUCUACAAAAAGAAGGCAUUGACACAUUUGAAAAGUUGUUUUCAGCAAUGGACCAAGAUCUCGAGAAGAUAAAAUCUAAAUUCUCAUCUCGUUUGAAAGUAGCCAAAUUCAAAUUUAUUUGGAGAGAUGCCGAGACACGACGUCAACAAAGACCCAAGGUUUUCGGAAAUGAAGAUAUAUUUAAUUGGAUCAGAGCAUACCUUCCAAAUGAAAACAAUAUUGACCAAAUUAUCAUGGAUCUCGAAAGCAAUUCUAUAGACACCUUUGAUAUUUUGUUUGCAUUUAUGGACGAAGAUUGGAAUGGUAUUCAAUCUAAAUUCUCAUCUCGUUUGUCUCAAAACCAUUUCAAUCUCAUUUGGAACAACGCUGAGGAACGACGCCAGCAACGAACGCCAAUUCCAGGCCACCAAGAAUUCAUGGAAUGGGUUAACACUAUUGGUUUCAGCAAGUCCUCAUUGCCUCAAAUUCAUGAAGUCCUCGAUGAGCUUGGUGUUGACGAUUACCCAAUCCUCGAGGGUGAAUUGGAAGAUUUAUCAGACUCUGGUAAUUUAUCAGUCUUUAGUUUAGCUCAUCGUCUAUUAUUCAAAUCUGCUUACAAUAGAACCAUUUUCUAA